GGAAGCAGGAAGGAGGACGGAGGGGCUCGCGGCUUGCGGGGAGUUCGCGGCGGCGGCGGCGAGUGGCGGCGGCACCUCCUCCUCCUCCUCCCCCUCCUCCUCCCCUCCUUCUCCUCUCCGCCCUCCACCCACCCCCUCCCCGCGGCCCCGGUACCCGCCCCCGGUCUCCGCGCGCCGCCCGCCCGGGCCGCGCCGGAUCGCGACGCCCUGCGGCGAGGGCGGGCGGGCGGCGGCGGCAGCGGGAGGCGCCUCAUCCCCAUCCCGCAACCUACCGAAGUAGGCGGUGGCGGCGGCGGAGGAGGAGGAGGAGGAGGAGGAGGCGGCGCUGACGCAGCAGCGUGGAGCCCGGGACUCGGUCGCCCCGGGAGGGCUCCCGUCGCCGGAUCUCUCCCGAACCGGGGCCUGCGGCAGCCCCGCGACGCGGGAGCGCGCCCCGGGUUGGACAUUGAUCCUAUGACGCAUGCCCGGAAGAAACAGCUUUUCCUUCUGAAACAUCCAGCUGGUUCUGCUGGCCAAGCUUCAUCCCCAACAGGCGGCAGGAGGAUGGACAGGACCGAGGCAGAGUGUGGUGAGCAGAGAGACGGAGACGCCACCGAGGCUCCAAACUGUCCGAGUGGGUUUGUGGGGACGAACAAAAACAAGAACUUGCAUGAAGUGCGAAAGACAUACCCGCUGCGGAGACGCCUGAUCCCCUCGGUAAACAAGAAGACCUGCAAAGUGCUCCUCACCAGGCUGGAGGAUGUGGCUGGAUCUCUGUCGAAACAGGCCCAGAGCUGUAAAAAAAAGGACCUUCCCAGUUGGAUGGAGGGCUUGGGACCUGCUUUGUUCUCCGAACAAGUUCAGCCUGUGGGAGCAGGGAAGAGUGAUUCAUCUGGGGAAAAGUGCACAAUAACUUAUCCAGGGACAGAGCAAGACCUUGAUACUGCUCCUUCAGAGCCCAGGAAACGCCGGCUGGCCUCGCUGAACGCGGAGGCAGUGAACAAUCUGCUUUUUGAACGGGACGAUGGGUUAUUAUCCGGCAGGCGUUUUCGGAGAGACUCCGUUAAAGCUGGGGGAGACUGUACCGUGAAGAGCUUGCAUUGCAAGGCUGGUGACAACUGGCCUGCGUUGGAAAAAACGGCUGUGAAAACCGGUAAAGGAAAAAACCGGCAUGAGCCCAGUCAGAAAUGCAAUAGCUGUGACCAUUCGCUGGAUGAAGUCUUUGAUGAUGGGACAAAGCGGGAGGACGGUGCCAUGUCCUAUCAUCCCACCCCAAAGAGACUGGCCAGCCUGAACGCUGUGGCCUUUCUGAAGCUGACCCACGAGAAAGACCAACCCCUGAAGCAGAGGAGUAAAUCGGAUGGAGAGGGCAAGUCCGAGAACCACUGUUCAAAAUCUACGCUUAAAUGGGCCAAAGCCGGUAGGAAGAAUUGUGUCAAAUCCAAGAAGGAAAUGGCUAGCUUGAAAAUGGAAGGUCAGCAUGGCUGGCGAGGACUCGCUCUAGGCGCUUUUGGGAAGGGAGAGCAGCGGGACUCCUCUAGGCUCUACAGGAUGACAGAACCCGUCCCUUACGAGUCGCUGUCUAGCUCUUACGCUAGCACAGAGGGUUUCUACCACAGACUGCCUUUGCUUAUGGGUGGGCAAGCUUCCAUGAAGCCAGAGUAUGGAAGACCCGGAGAGAAAUCCCCGACCCCCAAACAGGAAUUUCAUCAGCCUUCCUUUCCCGUGCAGCAGUUCCCUCCCUUGCCCGUGCCCGGAAAUCACACGGAUUGUGGAUGUCUCUAUGAAUCCUCGGAUCUGACUCCAUUGAACAGGUUUUACUUUUAUUAUGGCCAAAGUGGAUACAAUGGCUACUCUCACUGCUCUGUUUACCCCAAGGACGAGCUUUCGCAAUCCGCUACCUGCGAGGGGCUCUUGGUAUCGCCCGGUUCCUUGCCGUCAGGUGCUCAUUUGCAGCCACUCCACUGGUGUAACUCUCCGUACUGUUGCGGGGAAGGAACGGCGAUUAACAGUUACAGCGUCUGCGGAGUCGUGCACGUGCCAGAGGGCAGGAUUAGCAGCGUGCACGCGGGGCGGAACAGCUACCCCUACAAAAUGCCUUUUGCAGCAGAGGGCUGCAAGUCUCUGGACCAGCUGAACCUCACAAUCCCUGUGGCAGGGCACCCCGCGUCGCCUGCCCACCCGCUCUCAGGAUGUCCUGUACCCAGCGUGCCACCGGCUGCAGAACCCGUUCCUCAUCUGCAGACCCCCAACUCUGACCCUCAGACCAUGGCCCGAGAAUGUCCACAGAGCUCAAAGCCUCCCAGCGGCUCCAAGUCCGGUCUCCGAAAUACGACGGGCUGUCUGCACGCCUCGGACAGCAAAGCAGCGGGAGGUCAUUCCCAUCCGAAGCAGCAGCGCAUUAGCAGGCGGAGAGCUACCAAUGGCUGGAUACCCGUUGGCGCGGCCUGCGAGAAGGCCGUCUACGUUGUGAAUGAGCCGGAGCCGGCUGUUCGCAAGAGCUAUCAGGCUGUGGAGAGAGAUGGGGAGAUUAUCCGGGUACGAGAUACCGUCCUCUUGAAAUCAGGACCCCGGAAGAAAUCUAUGCCAUAUGUUGCGAAGAUAUCGGCACUGUGGGAAGACCCCAAAACAGGGGAGCUGAUGAUGAGCCUCCUGUGGUAUUACAGACCGGAGCACACUCAGGGAGGCCGCAAUCCCAGUAUGCACCAGAAUGAGAUCUUUGCAUCCCGGCAUCAGGAUGAAAACAGUGUUGCCUGCAUAGAGGAGAAAUGCUACGUGCUGACCUUUGCAGAGUACUGCAGAUUUUGUGCCUUGGCAAAGCGUCGAGUCGAAGGGAUCCCAGGCAGGAAAACCGUUAUGGUUCCUCCCUCAGAAGAGUACUCCACACCUCUGCACCGCAAGGUGCCCGAGGACACUGACCCCGAGCUGGUUUUCCUCUGUCGUCACGUCUACGACUUCAGACACGGGCGCAUCUUGAAGAACCCGCAGUAGCACCCUUCUUCGGUCGGGCCGCGGCGAGGACGAGCGGCAGCGGCGAGCCGGCGGCAGGCUGGCGCUCUGGGACAUCUGUGCACUCUCGACUUACCUUGUGCUGCUCGCGGACGGGAGCGCCCAGCGCUCUUUCCUCGGACUGAAAAGCGUGCGCAGGAGCGGAUCCCUGCGGAGGAAGGCAGCGGUUGAAAGCACAGCACUUCAUUAAAAGCAUAAAUGAAAAUAUAUACGUAUAAAAUAAAUAUAUGUAUAUAGAUAUAGGUACUUGCAUAUGUAAAUCUAUAUCUAUAUAUGUAUCUAGAGAUGCAUAUAUCGGGAGGGGUUUGCAGGGGAUAAAAGCCAGUAAACUGAAUCCAGAGCCAUCGCUGGUGGGAAUGGUGGAAAGGUGCAGGAGGGAUGCUUUGGUGCGUUGCACGAGUCAAGCUGUGACAGUUCUGUGGGUUUCGUGCCCGGAUGCGAAGCGUGAGGACUGAGACCGGUUCCUUGGCAGAGCACGGGAGAGCCGCCUUCGUCCCGCAGGACGGACUGUGAGGAUUCCCGGUGGGUGAGAGCUGCUUCAAAACACAGCCGCUGCUUUGGGAGCUGCCUGGAUGCAGAGCGGCCUUGUGUCGUGCUUGAAUAGGUUUUGCUCCGUCGGGGGAAGAGGUGACCCCUGUUUUCCCUCACCUUUCUCUUCCCCUCGCCUGGCUGUUCUGUGAUUCACCGCCUGGACUGGGGCUUGGCAGCCAGGCUUGGAAAGCUCCGUCGCAGAGCGGAGAGGGGCUGGCGGGAUCGUUAGGCUUUUCAUCCCCGGCGCAGCGUUACGGAGGUGCCCCGGCCUUGCCCCGGGGGAUCUCGUGCCCCACAAAGCACAGCGCCAGCAGCCGCGUGUCUCCCUGAAGCUGGGAGCCCACAGGGUGGGCUCCGCUGGCGAGAACCGUGCUUUCUCUUCCGAGUAUUGCUCUUCCUCCGAUGGCUUAGGGGGCCGUAGUGAUAGAAGUGGGUUUACUCUUUUCUUCCCAGUUUGUUUUCCCGUAAGGUCGUUUACAGUCCCUGUUUAACCCCAUAUGUCUUCAGCAGAGAGUGGAGUGGCAAACCCUUUUCUUGGGUGUUUUUGGCUUUAUUUUUUGUUUUAAAUUUUACCCCCCUCCCCUUCCGCGAGUGUCCUGACCCUGGCCGUACUGUCGAAGCCAUCAGCAGCCUCCCCCCUCCAAACGCAUCCUGGCAUCUGAGCAAGCUCACCAAAGCGGCUGUGCGGCUCCUGAAAGGAGCUGAGCGCUGGGAAAGGUUCGCAUCGCCAAACGCGGCCCGAGCCCCGCAGAUAUUGCCUCUUGCCUUACGUGUAUAGAUCCUAGAUAGACGUUAGUUUAUCUUAACGCAAACUGUUGGAGUUAACUCUAAAGCAAACCAAAGGACAGCGUAACAGUCCGUUGAGUCGCUCGCACCGAGCUGGGAGCCCGUUUCUAGAUUGCACUAACGUAAAGAAGGAGAACGAGCACCACCUCGGCCCACGUUCCUGCUGGAUGGGGUCACGCAUUGGAACUAGGGAGCUGCAUUUCUCCGGUCUUUUGGGGCUUCUGAACUCACGUUGAACGGUGGAAGUGUUCAUACUGCUUUAAUGUUGUCCUGUCAGUGGAAGUAGCGCUACCCGUACCCCCCGCGGAGGCUGGCACAGUGGGAACGGAGGGCUUGCUGGCUCGCUCCGACGGCUCCACGCCCAGAGAGGAAACCCCACAGCAUCAGAUCCGUUACGUGGAAAUGGUUUGUUAACACAGGAGUUCUCCAGAGAUCUGCUCUACAUACCAAAGAGGGGGACGUGUCUGGAAGACGAUGACUCGGGAGGGGAUGACAAGAUCUGGCACCCGCCACAGCGGGCGAGCGGGGCGCGCGUCGCCCUGCCGCCGGCGGACGGUUCCCGCUCGGUGUCGCGGAGGAUGCUGGAAAAGCCCUGUUCGUUCUUGCCUGCGUAGCCCAGGGGAAAACACCCAGCUCCGGGGGGAGGCUCUCGCACGCAAGCGAGACUUUGCGGGUGAAGCAUCUUAUCUCAUUUAUACCUCAAGAUACUGUUAGUGUCAAAGUAAUUGCUGAGCUCUCUCUCCGUAACAAUUACCUUGGGCACUGGUGGUCUCUUGGAACAACGCGGUUGGGCCGCUGAUGCGGCGGUGGAGGGGAGUCGGGAGCGCUUCGGGGGGUGCAAGGGGGCGGCGGAGAACGUGGUCUCUGACGCGACGUGGAGAGGACGUGAAGUGGCUCUCCUCCUUGGGGGGAUGCGGGAGAGGCCGAGCUGCUCCUGCCCAUCGCAAAAGGGGAUGGUGGCCGCUGGGCGGUGCGGGAGGGGAGCGGAGCAGCUACGCGGGGGCACACGGUGGUGGCGUGGAAGGUGACGGGAAGCCCUCAAUGCACGCGCUUGACUCCUUUGGCAGGGACUCCUUUGACACCCAGGCUGAGGCAGGCGAGCUGCCCGCGGCCACCUGCCCCUCGCAGAAGUGCCAUGAGAUGCAGGAUGCUUCCAGACCCACCUGCCAGGCAAACCCUGAGCAUCGCUGCACGGUCGGGGAAGGGUUUGAAACCCACCCGGCCUUGGAAACCACAGUAACUCGCUGAAAUUCCCUCCUUCUGCCCCCUCUCCCCCUGGCUCCCACCUUUGUCCUGGCUCCUCUCCAGGUAGAAGAGAAAUUGCUCCUGCCCUGGGUCUGGAACGGGCUCUGGCCCGGGUCUGGAGAGGACAAACCCUGGCUCUUCUCGUGUUAGAACCUGCUUCAGGCCAAGAACAUUGUUCGAGAUUCACGUGGUCGCUUAUGCUGUUGUGCAAACAGCAUGUAAAUGAAUUGAAAUGUCUUAUCCAUAAUGAAAAUAUUUCAUGCUUUUUUAAUCUAUUAGAUAUGGAAAUAUUUUUUGAAACUGAAAAUGCAGUCGGUAGAAUUUAAAUUGAAACGUAAUACAUGUAAAAUAUAUUUUAGUUGAUAAUUUUGUAAAAUGCACUUUUUUGUGUCUCUUCCCCGGUUUCCCAGAUCUGUAUUUCAGUGUUUACAGAUGGAAUGAGAACAUUCCCUAUACCCUCCUUCUGUGAGAAAGAUAUAUUAGAAGUAAUUCUUAAAAAAUAAAUUUGAAAAAUCGUAUUGAUUUAGAAAACAAA